AUGCUCGUACCAUCAAUUGCUCGUCAAUAUAAGGGUGCGGGGGAUCAACAAUUUCUUUCUGACUACAUCUGGAGCAAUGUUAAAACAUAUUCUUUAAUUUUUGAUAGUUAUUAUUGUAAUAUAUUUGGUGGUCAGCCAUUUCUUUCUCAACGACCAAUAGGUGAUAAUUGUUUUCUUGGAUGUAUAAGAUCGUGUUGUAUCAAUACAACUUCUAGUGGUUCUCCGAAUCAAAACAAUACUUGUCCACCAGCUUGUCGACCAAAAGAUCAUCAAGAUUGGAUUUAUUGUUAA